AUGUCAACUCCAGCACAAAAAGCCAAUUUAGCUCGCAUACGAGACAACCAACGGCGCUCUAGAGCACGAAGGCGAGAAUAUCUGCAAGAGCUAGAACAACGCCUCCGACUCUGCGAGUUGCAAGGCAUCGAGGCCACAGCAGAGGUUCAGAUUGCGGCGCGGCGCGUUGCCGACGAGAACCGACAGCUGCGGCAGCUCCUCAACGAACAUGGCUUCAGCCAAGAAUACAUUAAUCGCUUCUUGCAGGCUGGAAACGUCGUGGCCGCGGGGGGUCCCGGCAUGAACCACAGACAGGCCUUUGCCGCCGCCGCCGCCGCCACCGGAGAGCCUAGCAUGGCUUCGCAUGCGCUCCAGCAAGCAUUGGUGCCGCGGCGGCCAGCGAGCCUCGAGCCCAACGUUCCGUUUACCUCGGUCACGAGUCAAGUCAUGUCCGACUCCUCCAUCUCGAGCACUCCUUCGGUUUCGACUUCCACGCCGUGGGACGCGAUGCCCGCCGAAUCUUCAUAUAGCCACAAUCCAGGCAUGCACCUCCAAACGACUGCUCUGGCAAGCCAAUCUUCGCAACAACAACAACAGCAGCAGCAGUACCCUGCGGCCAUGUUCAUGACAAAUCAAAACAGGGGACCAGAGGCGUAUCUGAACCAAUCCGCACAUUUAGGCUCUCUUGCAUCGACAUCAGGCAUCACCCAAUCUAUGCUGCAGCAGCAACAGCAACAGCAGCAGCAGCAUCAUCAGCAUGGCAGAGGACAUAUGCAUUACGAUGGCUCAAUGAACAACUAUCACACAGAGGAUGAUAGUAGUUACGGUGAUGGAUCUACUGGCGGUUGGCCAGGGUAG